ACGUACACGUUCGACCACCCUUCCGUCUAUGAUAGUGUUGCUUUUAUUCUCAGUAGAAAACAUACACGAUUUGUUAUCACCAACUGCAGUAUAGCAUUCAUCCACCAAAGACUGCGCUUUGAAACUGCCCAAACAGGCAGUACUGAUGGCGAGACGGGGUUAGUGGCACAUAUUCCCAGACUGUACGUUUCUGAUUUGGCCAAGAGAUUUGCUUUUGAGAUCUUGAACAGGAACUUGGUGUUAGUGCUGUCUCACAGAGUGUGUGGAGAUGCUGAGUUUAUUCAAACUUUCAUGGACACUCUGACAAGGGAUCAUCCAAUAUCUCUGAAUGAUCUCAUCACAUACACUGAUCAGAUAUCAGGGGAUUCUUUCCUGGAAUUACUUCCCAGCAGCAAGUCCUCAAACAUACUUCGUUAUCUCAUGGAGGAAGGCAACGUUGCUCUCAGCCGAGAACAAACAAGUGAACUUAUGUUUGGUGUCUGCAAGCAUUCUGCUGGAAAUGUCUUGACAUAUCUGACUGAACAUAAGGCAAUAGACAUAAACACUACAUAUGGAACUGUCAGAAAAACACCCUUAAUGAUUGCCGCGGAAACAAAGGACACUGACUUUGUUAUGCAGAUUCUUUCCUAUGGACCUGACCUAUUUACGUCUGACCGCUGGGGGAAGACUGUCUUGCAUUACUUGUGUGAAUACGGCCAUACAGCAGCUGCUGCAGUUGUUACUGAUGGAGAGGUAGAUGUCAAUGUCACAGACACAUUUGGGGAAUCUCCGCUGUACCUGGCAUGCAGAAGUGGCAAAGAGGAGUUGAUAACGUUGCUGCAAGACAAGGGAGCUCGUGUGUCUGGGGAUGUCGUGUGCAGUGCAUGUCAAAGUGGAAAACUGUCUCUAGUACAGAUCCUGUUUGAAAAGGGCGCUUCAGUCAACACGUUGUCUCUGGGUGGCGACAGCCCACUUCACUCAGCCUGUAAAGCUGGGGAUAAAGAAACUGUGAAGUUUCUAUUUCAGAAAGGAGCAAACAUGGCCAUGGUUUCGUCUAAUGGUGACACGCCUUUCCAUUCUGCAGCUGACGGGGGAAGGCCUGAAUUGUUAGAGUUCCUGAUUGACCGAACUGGUGCAGUCUGUCAAAUUGGGGAUAACUGUACACACACUUCAAGUGGAGACACUGGACGGAAAGAUGUGAUGACAAAACCUGUGAGUGGUGUGAAUGUAACAAACAAUAUAUCUGAAACGCCCUUACACAGAGCAGCAUGGAGGGAUCAAGGCCGUGUAGAUGUGCUCAUUGAGGCCGGGGCUGUUGUGAAUCUGCAGAAUAAAGAGGGCAACACUCCCCUCCACCUUGCUGCAGAAUCAGGAUUUGAAGAAUGCGUUGAUGCCCUUGUGAAGUCAGGAGCUGAUUGUAGUAUAACUAACCAGGCAGGCGAGAAACCUCUCCACAGAUCAGUCAGAUGUGGAUCUAGUCAAUGUGUUGACAUUUUGAUGAAGACUACCGAGGUCAAUGUACGGAACGAAGCAGGCAACACCCCACUCCAUAUAGCCAUAGAUACUGGAUCUCAUGACUGUGUGGAUGUCUUACUGAAGGCCGGUGCUGACGUGAAUGCCCAGAACAAUACAGGUGAAACACCACUCUAUAUUGCAGCAGAGCUUGGGGCUCAUGAAUAUGUAGCCAGGCUCCUGAAGGCUGGAGCUGAUGCAAACAUAUGCAAAACCAACGGCUGUACAGCGGUUCAAAGAGCAGUUAGGCUGGGAUAUGAAGACUGCGUCACACUGCUACUGGAUGUAGGAUCCGAUGUGAACAUACAGGAUGUUGAGAAGGACACGCCUCUGCAUAUAGCAACAUUUUGGAGGUCUAAAGUUUACAUUGAGAUGUUGUUGAGGGCAGGGGCUGAUGUGGACAAACAGGACGAAAAAGGUAACACACCUUUACAUAUCGCAGCUCUCAGAGGGGCGCAUGAAUAUAUUGAAAUUUUCAUAAAGGCUGGAGCUGACAUCAGGGCAGGUAAUACUUCUGGUUGGACACCACUUCAUUUUGCAGUAAAGGGUGGUCAUAAAGAGUUAUGUGUCAACAGUUUAUUGAAAGCCGGAGCAAAUGUAAACACAAAGGAUGACACAGGUGAAACACCUCUGCAAUUUGCUGUGAGUUAUGGAGAAACAAAAUACAUUAGCAUGUUGAUAGAGGCAGGAGCUGAUGUGAAUGCACAGGAUGACGAAGGGUACACAGCACUUCACAAAGCUGCACGAAACAAGACGAAAAGCUGUCUAGAACUUUUGCUGAAAUAUGGAGCGGAUGUUAACCUGUGCAAUAAUAAAGGGGAGACGUCUAUUUACGGAGUUACUCACGGUGGCAGUGAAGAGUGCCUCUAUGCGUUAGUUAAAGCUGGGCUUUCUGUUAACGCACGAGAUAACAGAGGGCGUACGCUUCUUCAUUCAGCAUUCCUGCUUCUGUUUUUCGACCGACACUUGAUGCAGUGAUAAAUAUUGGUGCUGAUGUGAAUGCACAGGAUGAUGAAGGAAAUACGCCGCUUCACGCAGGUUGUUUGUUCACGCCUGCUGGAGCAGGUGUGGAUAAAUUGUUAAAGGUCGGAGCAGAUAUAAAUCUGCGCAACAACAAAGGUGAGACACCUAUGUUGACAGCAGCAGCCCGUGGGUCCACUUACACUGUCGAAAAGUUCAUUGAAGCUGGAGCUGAUGUGAAUGUACAGAAUAGUAACG